CGCUGGCCCCUGGGGCUCGGGCUGGUGCUGCUGCUCUGCACCCCGCUGCCUCCGGGGGCGCGCACCAAGGAAGUUACUCUGAUGGACACAAGCAAGGCACAGGGAGAGCUGGGCUGGCUGCUGGAUCCCCCAAAAGAUGGGUGGAGUGAACGGCAGCAGAUACUGAAUGGAACACCCCUGUACAUGUACCAGGACUGCCCAGUGCAAGGACGCAGAGACACUGACCACUGGCUUCGCUCCAACUGGAUCUACCGCGGGGAGGAGGCUUCCCGGGUCCACGUGGAGCUGCAGUUCACCUUGCGGGACUGCAAGAGUUUCCCUGGGGGAGCCGGGCCUCUGGGCUGCAAGGAGACCUUCAACCUUCUGUACAUGGAAAGUGACCAGGAUGUGGGCAUUCAGCUCCGACGGCCCUUGUUCCAGAAGGUAACCACGGUGGCUGCAGACCAGAGCUUCACCAUUCGAGACCUCGCAUCUGGCUCCAUGAAGCUGAAUGUGGAGCGCUGCUCCCUGGGCCACCUGACCCGCCGUGGCCUCUACCUCGCUUUCCACAACCCAGGUGCCUGUGUGGCCCUGGUGUCUGUCCGGGUCUUCUACCAGCGCUGUCCUGAGACCCUGAAUGGCUUGGCCCAGUUCCCUGACACUCUGCCUGGCCCCGCUGGGUUGGUGGAAGUGGCAGGGACUUGCUUGCCCCACGCGCAGGCCAGCCCCAGGCCCUCAGGUGCACCCCGCAUGCACUGCAGCCCUGAUGGCGAGUGGCUGGUGCCUGUAGGACGGUGCCACUGUGAGCCUGGCUAUGAGGAAGGUGGCAGUGGCAAGGGAUGUGUUGCCUGCCCUAGCGGCUCCUACCGGACGGACAUGGACACACCCCAUUGUCUCACGUGCCCCCAGCACAGCACAGCUGAGUCUGAGGGGGCCACCAUCUGUACCUGUGAGAGCGGCCAUUACAGAGCUCCCGGGGAGGGCCCCCAGGUGGCAUGCACACGAGGACUUCAGAGGACAUCGAGGAUUGGCUGGUGGUGGAGGCCGGGGAUCAGCAGCUCGGGUGACAGCGCGGUUGGCUUCUACUGAUGGCUCCUCUUCUCCCACAGGUCCCCCCUCAGCCCCCCAAAACCUGAGCUCCUCGGCAUCAGGGACUCAGCUCUCCCUGCGUUGGGAACCCCCAGCAGAUAUGGGGGGACGCCAGGAUGUCAGAUACAGUGUGAGGUGUUCCCAGUGUCAGGGCACAGCGCAGGACGGGGGGCCCUGCCAGCCCUGUGGGGUAGGCGUGCACUUCUCGCCAGGGGCCCGGGGGCUCACCACAUCUGCAGUGCAUGUCAGUGGCCUUGAACCUUACGCCAACUACACCUUUAACGUGGAAGCCCAAAAUGGAGUGUCAGGGCUGGGGAGCUCUGGCCAUGCCAGCACCUCAGUCAGCAUCAGCAUGGGGCAUGCAGGUGAGAGGCUGAGAGGGGCUGGGACAGGGACCUGGCUUAACAAGGGCUCAAGACCACAGGGACAAAUUGGUGGGCAAGAACUAAGGUUAUUUCCUUUUUCCUUACAUAUCCAACCUUAUCCCUCCGGACCCCCAGAGCCACUGUCGGGCCUGUCUCUGAGACUGGUGAAGAAAGAACCGAGGCAACUUGAGCUGACCUGGGCGGGGUCCCGGCCCCGAAGCCCUGGGGGGAACCUGAGCUAUGAGCUGCACGUGCUGAACCAGGAUGAAGAACGGUACCAAAUGGUUCUAGAACCCAGGGUCUUGCUGACAGAGCUGCAGCCCGACACCACAUACAUCGUCAGAGUCCGAAUGCUGACCCCACUGGGUCCUGGCCCUUUCUCCCCUGAUCAUGAGUUUCGGACCAGCCCACCAGUGUCCAGGGGCCUGUCUGGAGGAGAGAUCGUAGCUGUCAUCUUUGGGCUGCUGCUUGGUGCAGCCUUGCUGCUGGGGAUUCUCGUUUUCCGGUCCAGGAGAGCCCAGCGGCAGAGGCAGCAGAGGCAGCGUGACCGCGCCACCGAUGUGGAUCGAGAGGACAAGCUGUGGCUGAAGCCCUAUGUGGACCUCCAGGCAUACGAGGACCCUGCACAGGGAGCCUUGGACUUUACCCGGGAGCUCGAUCCAGCGUGGCUGAUGGUGGACACUGUCAUAGGAGAAGGGGAGUUUGGGGAAGUCUAUCGAGGGACCCUGAGGCUCCCCAGCCAGGACUGCAAGACUGUGGCCAUUAAGACCUUAAAAGACACAUCCCCAGGUGGCCAGUGGUGGAACUUCCUUCGAGAGGCAACUAUCAUGGGCCAGUUUAGCCACCCGCACAUUCUGCAUCUGGAAGGCGUCGUCACAAAGAGAAAGCCGAUCAUGAUCAUCACAGAAUUUAUGGAGAAUGGAGCCUUGGAUGCUUUCCUGAGGGAGCAGGAGGACCAGCUGGUCCCUGGGCAGCUAGUGGCCAUGCUGCAGGGCAUAGCAUCUGGCAUGAACUACCUCAGUAAUCACAAUUAUGUCCACCGGGACCUGGCUGCCAGGAACAUCUUGGUGAAUCAAGACCUGUGCUGCAAGGUGUCUGACUUUGGCCUGACUCGCCUCCUGGAUGACUUUGAUGGCACAUAUGAAACUCAGGGAGGAAAGAUCCCUAUCCGUUGGACAGCCCCCGAAGCCAUUGCCCAUAGGAUCUUCACCACGGCCAGCGAUGUGUGGAGCUUUGGGAUUGUGAUGUGGGAGGUGCUGAGCUUUGGGGACAAGCCUUAUGGGGAGAUGAGCAAUCAGGAGGUUAUGAAGAGCAUUGAGGAUGGGUACCGGUUGCCCCCUCCUGUGGACUGCCCUGCCCCUCUGUAUGAGCUCAUGAAGAACUGCUGGGCAUAUGACCGUGCCCGCCGGCCACACUUCCAGAAGCUUCAGGCACAUCUGGAACAAGUGCUUGCCAACCCCCACUCCCUGCGGACCAUUGCCAACUUUGACCCCAGGGUGACUCUUCGCCUGCCCAGCCUGAGCGGCUCAGAUGGGAUCCCGUAUCGAAGCGUCUCUGAGUGGCUCGAGUCCAUACGCAUGAAACGCUACAUCCUGCACUUCCACUCGGCUGGGCUGGACACCAUGGAGUGUGUGCUGGAGCUGACCGCUGAGGACCUGACGCAGAUGGGAAUCACACUGCCCGGGCACCAGAAGCGCAUUCUUUGCAGUAUUCAGGGAUUCAAGGACUGAGCCCUCCUCUCACCCCACACCCAAUCAGGGAGCAAGGAGCAAGGACGGGGCCAAGGUCGCUCAUGGUCACUCCCUGCGCCCCUUCCCACAACCUGCCAGACUGGGCUCUCGGUGCUGCUCCUGCCCACUCUCAGGAGAACCCUGCUCUGCACCCCAGAAAACCUCUUUGUUUUAAAAGGGAGGUGGGGGUAGAAGUAAAAGGAUGAUCAUGGGAGGGAGGUGAGGGGUUAAUAUAUAUACAUACAUACACAUAUAUAUUUUUGUAAAUAAACAGGAACUGAUUUUCUGCCUCCAUCCCACCCACGAGGGCUGUAGGCACUACAAAA